AAUUGAAAAAUCUUGUUCCAAUCUUUUUCAUAUAGAAUGUUAUAGUGAAAUUAGAGAUCUGCCACUGAUCGUAAUGCAUUACGCGUAGCAAUAGUAUCCUGUUCACUAUAUUCUAGCUCAGGGAGGACCGGUUUCAGAAUAAAGAUGCCUCUAAAAGUCGCUGUUGUAACUGGAAGCAAUACCGGAGUUGGUCUUUCCAUGGUGCGAGCUCUCUGCAAGCACUUUAGUGAGAAUGGGGCGGUAUACUUGACCGCUAGGAAUGAGGAACGAGGGUUGCAUGCCGUGGAAGUCUUGAAGAAAGAGGGUCUCAAUCCCAGAUUUCAUCUUCUUGAUGUCAACGAUGUAACCAGUAUGGAGAAGCUCAGAGAUGAUAUCAAGACUGAACAUGGCGGUGUAGACAUCCUGGUUAACAAUGCAGGAAUUUUAUCCAAGGAUAACAUCCCAUUGUAUGAACAGGCAGUAGAAAGUAUCAAGACUAACUACCACGGUGUGCUUCUAAUGACCAACACAUUCCUACCUAUUAUCAGAGAUGGUGGAAGGGUAGUACAUCUAGCCAGCUUGGUGGCCGCUAGGACGUUCUACAAUAUCAGUGAAGAACUCCAGCAGCGCUUCAAGGAGGUUUCGACUGUAGAAGGUGUGACAGGCCUCAUGGAUGAAUUCAUUGAGGCAUCUAAGGAAGGAGACCCCACAACAAAGGGCUGGCUAGAUUUCGCUUAUGGGAUCAGCAAACUUGGAGUGGCAGGCCUCACCAAAGUCCAGGGUGAAAACGUGAGCAAGGAUACAAGCAAGAAAGAUGUCCUCAUCAAUUGUUGCUGUCCCGGAUACAUCAGGUCAAACAUGACAGCCCACCAUACUGGUGAAGAUACGAAAGGCAUGAUCAGUCCAGACCAGGGUGCGGACACUCCUAUCUACCUUUCCCUCCUACCGGCCGGGACGAAUGACAUCCAGGGCAAGUUUGUGUCCAAGAGAACGGUCAAGAAUUUCUUCAAAGAUGAUAUUAGGCCAGUUACAUUUGACUAAACCACAUUCUUUGCCUUCUUAGUCUGGCAAGUCUUCCUCAAAAAAGCUUAGUAUCAUCAUGUAGUACAAUGUAGUGGUAUGUAUCUGGAAUGCAAAAGGCGCCAAAGUUAGACUGCUUGUUAAUUUAAUUGUUAAUUUAAUUAUUAAUAUUAUUAUUUGUUGACAUAUCUAAAUAAGAGUCGAGGUAACAUCAAGAUAGUAAGCAAAUAAUUACCAUUGGUGAAGGUGAUGGGACAAAAUAGUGAUAGACUUCAGAGGCGAUCUGGAUGUAGCUAUUUUUCCAAAGCGAAGCUGAGGAAAGAUAUAGCACAUUCUGAUCGCAGCUAGAGGAAGUGAUAGUUGGCCAUCGCCUGA